UAUGAUAAUGAUGAUUUGAUUUAAAAAGAUUAGCACCACCGACGGAGCCACAAGGUUUAAUUUUCCAUCGAGAGAUGCCGUUGGGUAAGUACUACUGCGAUUACUGCGACAAAGAAUUCCAAGACAAUCCAGUCUCUCGCCGACGCCAUCUUCAGAGCUCUCUCCACCUCAAAGCCAAGGCUCUCUGGUACGACUCCUUCAAAUUCACAGAUUCCAAUCAGUCUUUCCCCACCAACGAUGGUAGUAGUGUCUUCGUUUCUAAAGGAGUCUGCAACCGAUUUUUCAAAACGGGAUACUGCCCAUAUGGCGAUUCUUGCAAAUACUGGCAUCCCAACAACUACAACAGCACCGCUCAAGUUGCGAGAGGCUCUACUGGUAGCAUUCAGUUGCCUGUUGUUUCAGGGAAUCAGUUGGUGGGUGGAGGUUCUGCGCCUGGUGAUGUGGUGAGAGAUAGCAUGGGAAUGUCAUGGGGCAACCUUCCUCCUUCACUGAAGCCUCCUCCUGAGGGUGGAUAUCCACCUCUUCCCUUUGUGGACUGGGGAUAGUUGAUUUAUUCUCUGUUCUUUCUGUUGCAUCGACUGUUGGUGCGUCACAACUUUUGGUUAUUAUCCAUCUCAUGUGUGGUUGUCAGAGUAGUUAAAACCCUAGGCUUCCAAACAGCAUGUACAUUGCAGAACCCAUAUGGCAGCCACAUGCCCUUGCAAUUUGGUGGACACUCGUUGCAGUAAAAACUAAUAUAUGCAUGGAAAUUGCCACUGAGGCUGCUGAUUGGAGGUACCCUUCCUGCCGGGCAUUCCAGGUCGAGGAGUGUGGCUUUAGUUAUCUAGAACAGUUAAUGUAGUAAAAUCAUAUUCCUGUGGUAUUGCUGAAACAUGUUAUGAUAUCAUGUUUUCCUUCACUGGUUCCUGAUGCUUGCAUUCAUAAGAUUUUAAUGAGAUGGUGGAGCCAAAUAGCCAUUGAUUC